GUCAAACAAAGAUGGCGGACUUUUUGCAAAAUUUGCUAGACGAGACAAACAUUUGCGAGGAUUCGCAGAUAUAAUUUUGUCCAGAACUGCACGUGAAAAAGUGGAUCAGUUCCCGUUAGAAAGUUAUGAAGGCAAAUAAGUAGUUUUAACAACGACACAAGUGAAAUAUGGAGCUGGAUGAGAGGCUAAGAUGGAUAGAGAUCAGGGUGACGUCGUCCCUCAAACCACGAGCAGAGGAACUCAAGUAUAUGUUUACUAAUGAAAAGAGCAGGGAGGCUAUGUUUGAAUUCUGCAACAAUGAAGAAGUGAAAAAACUGUUUAUUUUCUCGUCAACCACUCCUGCUGGCAAAAACCUUGUAGCAUCACUGAAUCCACCCAGUGGCUUAAGAGAGAAGUCAGUUUACUUUGUUAAGAUUCAUGAAGCAGGAAAGCUCUCCAGGGACAACAUUAUCACCGAUGUGGCCUUCUGCGACUGUUCGUAUCAACCCUUAAGUCAUGCCAGUACUUUAACCAAGGAUGUCUUCUUGCCGCUGCUGAGUAUUGAGAUGGGCGGAGGUGUCAGUGGAGACAAGUUGAUGGACUUGGUGCACAGGAUGGUUUCAGUCCUGCAGGUUGCCGAGGGCAGUUCAAAGGAUCAGGUCACGCUACCCUUGCCAUCCAUUGAGGUGUUGUCAGAGGCUGCGGCAUACAGUAGCAGACGACCAGCUGUCAUUCAUGUGCUGGAGACAGCUGUGGUUAAUUGGAUAAAGCAGAUUAAGGUGACGUUGAAGCUAGACCCAGAAACUGAAAUAAAAAAGUUUGGUCCGAAACCAGGACCCCUGGAUGAGAUAGAGAUGUGGUCAGAGAGAUUGGAGAAGAUCACGUCAGUGAGUGAACAGCUCUGUUCACAUGUGGCUCUCAACAUCAUGAUGAAUUUGGAAGAUGCUCACAGUACAUAUGCUCAAUCUUUUCACCUUGUAAAGAGAGAAAUUGCAAAGGCAGAGGCAGAGACCAAUGAUAACCUUCAGUUUCUGAGUACACUUCUGCCAUGGUUUGAGAAGCUUCACUAUGCCACCAAAUCUGCUGACAUGGUGUCUGUUUUCCCUCCCUUGAUGCACACUCUUUUUCUUGUAUGGGUGUAUUCAAGGUAUUACCACGACAACAGAAACUUUACAAGAUUGUUAACCAUGCUAUCAAAUGAAGUUGUAGCCAGAGCAAGACAGUUGGUGGGAGAACAUGUGCUGGAGAAUUUGCUAGCGUCUUACACCAGUUUGAAGGAUGCUUUACGUGUGUGCGCAGCUUUCCGGGGUUGUUACCUGGACAAAAAGGACAGGGCCGAUGAGACAAACCAACAAAGACUCUCAGAACAGUCAGGGACUAAUAUGGACAGUGGAGGCAUUGUAUGGCACAGUAAAUUAUACAAUGACAGCUUGACACCCAAGACUACUAAGAUCUUUAACCAUCGCAACAGUUUGUCGGAAAGCAGCAACGGUCUGGACACCACAGAGCUGUGGACUGACUCUCCAUGGCCUGCAAGAAACAAUGCCUGUUUCACGACACUGAACAGUUUCAUGGAGCGGUGUAACGAUGUACUGGAGCUUGUUCAGACCACGCAGCAUUUUGAGAUGUUGACAUGCACUGCAGAAGUUGGUGGGGCUGGUGGCAACAGUUUGGACAGUCAAGUGAAGGAAAUACAUCUGAAAUUUCUGGAGGCUGUGCGGUCAUUUCAGCAGAUGCCUCAUGAUGUGCUGAAUGCAAAUGAAACUCAGGAGUUUGAAAGAGAAUUUUUUGCUUUCCGUUCUGUGAUAAGAGAUUUAGAGCACAAUCUGGCUGAUGUUAUGAGGCAAAGCUUCAAGCAGUGCUGGGACACAAGAGCCAAACUCAGGCUUCUGGAAGUAUUUGAAGGAAUUAGUGGACGAGAACUUGUUCAGACCAGUUUGCGAGAUACAUUUACUGCUCUGGUGCAUGGUUUCACCCAAGAGUUACUGGACAUGAGGACGUUUUUUGAGUCACACAUGGAUUCACCUCCCUCUUAUCCACACCUCCCGCCAGUUGCAAACAAGCUGCUUUGGUUGCGAGGGUUCAAAAUACACAUACAGGAGCCCAUGUCACGGUUGCAUCGUGUGUCCCCAGCAUCUCUCAAGGGUGAUGAUGGAUGGCGCCUGAGAGAUACGUAUUCAGAUCUCAUUAAAGACAUUGAAAGGUGUGAAGCAGAUACCAUUCGCCACUGGCAAAGUACCAUGGAGCCUGAACUCAGGGCCAGAUUAAAACAGCCGCUACUGAUUGCAGAACCUCAGAGUGAAGGAACCAAACCCGCUUUGCAUGUGAACUUUGACCCUGAGCUAAUGCUUCUGCUAAGAGAGGUGCAUUACCUGGGAGGGGAGCCAUUCUUGGCCCGUCUUCCUGACCCGGCCCGUGUUCUGCUGAGAUCAACAGAUGACAGUCUUUUGAGGUCCACUGCAACAAGGCUUGACACGAUUGUGUCUCGCUACAAUUCUGUCAUGACAAACAUGAAGGAAUUUGAGCAGCCUUUGUUUGAGAGGAAACUUGCCAAGAUUGAUGAGUUGUUAGGUCAAGGACUUCACGUGUACACAUGGAAAACAGUUGAAUCAGCGGAUUUUGUUGAGCAUGCGUCAUACUUGGUGUGUGAUGAUCUCCAUCGUAACCUGGGUGUGGUCCAAAGUAACUUCAGAGAAAUCUGCAACGUUGCUGCAUCAUGGUCUGAGAAUGGCCAGUUAGACGUCUUCAGUCCACGUGACUCCAGCAAGUCAUUUUCAAUGGACAAAUUGCAGGAACAGCACAGGAUGAUUCAUGAGGCUCACAAGCAUACAAUAACAGUAGGGGGACAUAGAAUACAUGCGUUGUUGCAAUCUACGUUUGAGGCAGUACAGAUCAGCCGUGCCUCCCCUGCCUGGCAGAGUUACAUCAAGUAUGUCAGUGGAGUCGUGAUGGAGGGAUUAAAGGCAUCUACGUGCACAUCAUUACGAUCAAUGUUGAACCAGAUUGUCUUCUCCAACAUGUCCCAGGAUGCUGAGGUGCACCCCAUAUUGACCAUUCGUUUGGAGCUGACUGGUUCCCAAGUGCUGUUUAACCCAUCACUUGACGAUAAAUCUGCCUCAUCUAGUGUGCAAGAGAGUGUGGAGGGAUGGCUGAACGAUUUUCUGGGACGUGGAGACUCUGUGAGGCCUUUGGAUGAGGACUUAAAGAGUUACAAGCAGGUCAUUGCUGAUGAUAAUGAGAUACAAACACUGGUGAAGCAGACAAAAGACGUGGUAGAGCAAAAUGCCUCUGAAUGCAAGAGUUUCCUAGCAACAUUUCGUGAGUAUGCAUUUUUGUGGAUGCAAGAUGUACAGCGAACAUUUGAAGAGUUUCUGGCGGGCAACAUAGAGGCUCAUCCAAGAAAGAUGAACCGUUCUGAACUCAUAAGAUCAAGAGCGUCAAUGACAUCUGAAAAAUCCAGGAAAGAGAAAGAACGAGAUCCGAGGUCCAACCGUAGCUCAGCUGCUGCCUCAACUCUAAGCACCAGUGGCGCAAUGGGCUUGUCAGAGAAGACAUUCUUAAACCCUAAGAAAAUGACAGCUUCUAAAGAGAUCAGAGAUGAAAAAGGACCAUCCUUGGAUGAUUUUGACAAGGAAAUUGAGAUUUAUCAGACGGCAAGAGAUGAAAUUUACAAUCUACAGGACUGGUGUGAUGUUGGCUGGAUGAGAGUUAACAUGAGACCCAUCAAACAAGUGCUUGGUACCUAUGCUAGCAAGUGGAUGUUCGUUUACACCAAGUAUCUUUCAGACCAGGUGUCCUCAACUUUAAAUGACCUUGACUCCUUCUUGAAACGCAUCGAACCUGGAAUAGAGGCCAUUACUGGAGAAGAACAAGACAUUGCUUCGUUUAUGAGGCUCAUGAGAGUUUUUAACGAGGUUAGUACCCAGCAAGCUGAGAUGGACAGCAAGUUUAUAGCAAUGAAGAGAACCAUCGCUCUUUUAGAAAAAUACGAUCAGAAACUACCAGAGAUGACUGAGAAAUUCUACACUGCAGCACCACAAAGGUGGAAUAACUUGAAAAUGAAAGUGAAUCAAGCUAAACAGCGCCUCGGACCCAGGAUACAAGCUGAAGCUUCUAGUGUUACACAGGAGCUUAAAGCAUUUGGUGAUCGUUGUGAAUCUCUGGCUCGUGAGUUUGCUGAUUCAGAGGCGUUCAACAGGAAGUGUGCUAUUUACACUGCUUUCACCAUCAUGGAUACUUUUGGUAGGAGACUUGAGAGUAUGGAGAGUGAAGCCCAGGACCUUAUCGAGCUUCAAGAACUGUUCGAAAAGGCUGUUGUAAAUUUCUCUGUCCUUCCACGGCUACGCUCGGAUCUUGAAUGUUUACGUGAGGUCUGGAACACGUGGCGUGCAGUACAGGAACAACACACAGAAUGGAAACGCGGCCGGUGGCAGCGAAUCAACACCAAACUUAUGAAGAAAGCUACUGAAGCACAGAUUGAUGUGGUCACAGCUCUGCCGUUGGAGUCACACGAGUGGGAUGUGUUUGUUGGCAUGCAUCAUGCUAUCCUCGACAUUCAGGCUUGCCUUCCAAUUAUUGAUGACCUGAGUCGCUCGGCGAUGCGACCGCGCCACUGGAAACAGUUGGUUCGUGUAACUGGAGGAGCUGUGCAGAUCAGUAAUGAAGGCUUGACAAGAAUGACCUUGGGACAGCUACUGGAGUUAGGACUACACAACCAUGCUGAAGAGGUCCGGUCCAUAAUCCAAAGGGCUGCGAAAGAUGUGGCCAUUGAGAGCUCACUGAAGACUUAUGAAGAAGUGUGGCUGAGUAAGAUCUUUGAACUCAGGACGCACACCAGAAUGAAGGGCCCUUCAUCAGCCACUGCUCCAACUCAAGAUACUCCUGGCAGUGAGUUUGGUAACGACUCAGAGAUGAACAUGCAUGGUCCCCGCGGUCUGUCCAGUCGGGUGUCAGUGACAAGUCAUGGCAGUGGCGGAGGCUUCAGCGUCAAAGAUGGAGCUGGUGGCAGCCUCAAGACAAGGAAAGCUUCUGUGGCAGGCUCGACUACUUUCUCGCAUUCGCUUAUGAACCUUACUCAGGAUGCUGGUCCAAUCUGUUUACUGGACAAAUGUGAGCCAAUCUUUGAAGAACUUGAGGAUCAUCAGGUGUCGCUACAGAGCAUGCUCAGUGGCAGUGCCGCUGGUUCAUUUGCUGAUGACAUCAUGAAAUGGCAGAAGAGACUGCAGACCAUAGAGGCUGUGUUGACGGUGUGGCUUGACGUACAGGAAAAGUGGAUAGAGUUAGAAGAUGUGUUUUCCAGCCUAGACCUUCGCAUUGCCAUGCCCCAUGAAACGAACCUCUUUUCUGCUGUAAACCGGGACUUCAGAAUCUUGAUGAGAGCCACAGAAAAGAAUCCAAACGUGUUGCAGGCUUGCUCAAGGAUAAACAUCCAGGCCAAACUAGAGAAGCUGAACAUGAAUCUGCAACAGUGCUGGAAAUCUCUUCUUAAUCAUUUGGAAAGACGACGACAGAAAUUCCCACGCUUUUACUUCCUCUCCACGGAAGAUGUACUUCAUGUUGUAUGCAAUGGUUACGAUCCAGCUCUCGUGAAUCCUUAUUUACCAAAAGUGCUGGAAAACCUUGGAGCCCUUGUUUACGAAGAGCUUGAAAACGAGGGACAAAUUUAUUUUAACAUCACUUCUGUUGUCAGUUCACAUGGGGAACAACUCAUGCUUAAACAGCCUGUACCGUGUGAAGGUCCAAUUGAUAACUGGUUGCCUGGCCUGAUCAGUUCUCUGAAGCAAACCCUCUUAGAUCAACUGACUUCUGUGCUUAGCCCCGCCCAGCCUGAAAGAACUUCGACUCCCUAUGGUGAGGGUGGUGAGGGCGCGGCCGUUCCUGAAGAGCCCCCACGCACAGCUGGCAGCAUGGGUAGGGUGGAGAAAUCGUUCACACUGGACAACUGUUCUGAGGUGGUUUUGCUGGCCACUCAAAUUGAACUUUGUAAGAAGAUCGACAAAUCGCUCAAGCAGGUGGCAAGUGGUGAGAACAAAGAAGCUCUAAAGGAAGUCUACGACAAGUUGACCGCCAUAUUGGAAGCCACAGCGAUGAUGUUGAAAGGUGCUGACAAGGAAAGCAAAGCACAAGGUGGCGAUGAUGGCUAUGACAGUGGUGUGAACAGUGAUGAUGACACAGAGGAAGCUGCCAUGAGGAGAAUGAGCCGUAAUACUAGUGCCAGUCAAGGGCGGCCUGGUACGGCCGCGGUGGCUGAUGCUGAAGUGACGUCAAACAUCUCAGGGGUGUCCCAGAAACCAAAGGAGCUUCCUGAACAAGAGGUCACUGAAGGACAGGGCACUAACAAGAUGCUGUUGUUUCCAAGUCAGAUUCAAAAGAUCAGUAACAUCAUCGCAAUGUUGUCACACGAGAGGAACUUGGUACAAAGGCUGAUAGAUCACCGUGAGGAAUGGGAGGUGCUCAAGAACCCCAUUGACAACUUUGAUUGGCAGCGUCAUGCGCGUUGCCGCUGGGAAGAAGAACAGCAGGCCUGCAAAGUAGACAUCUUGGACAUGGUGUUUGAUUACGGAUUUGAGUACCAGGGUACCGCAUCCAGAUUGGUUCUUAGUCCUCUGACGGAUAAGUGCUAUGUGGGGCUUGCACAAGCUGUCAAGAAUAAAAUGGUUGGCGUCUGUACCGGCGAGUUUGGAACUGGUAAGACAGAAACUGUGGCUGAACUAGCCAAAAUCCUGGGCAACCCUUUGUAUUCGUUCAAUUGUUCCACGUCAACGAAUCGAGAGACUUUAAUAGACAUCUUCAGAGGUCUUGCUUGUUCUGGUGCCUGGGUGUGCCUCAAUAACAUCUCGACUAUCCCGUCUCCUGUUCUGUCAGUUCUAACACAGCUUGUAACAGUUGUUCUUGAUGGUUUGAAAGCUAGCAAGACCACUGUCGUGUUACAAGAUGAUGAAAUAUCGUUGGCCCCUCAAGGUGCAUGCUUUGGGACACUAGACCCCUCUGGCAGUCAACACAAGACAGCGUACGACCCGUCUGUUGGUUUCUUUCCGUCCUUCAAGUCAUCUGCUUCAUAUCUUCCAGUGGAUCUUUGGGAAAUGUUCCGUCCUGUAGCACUCGUGGGUCCCGAUUUGCAGGUGAUUCUUCAAGUGUGGCUCUUAAGCCAGGGCUUCACGCAGGUUUCUUCUCUGGCAUCCAAGAUUGUUACCCUAAGAGGACUUUGUCUAAAGCUGCUUCCAAACUCGUCCAAAUCUCUCUCUGGAGACCUUUCUUUGUGUCUGCUUAAAUGCACCGGCUGGGGAGCCCAUUCCCUUAAAAGAAUGAUUGAAGAUGCAGGGUCCCACUUGGGCACGAGCUCUGUCGAGCUUCAGGUUUCGGCACCUGAGCAAAGAGGACCUUCGCGCGAGGAGAAAGAUGUCCCAGAGCGCGCUGAAUCUCCUACAGAUGCUGUUGCUGCUGUGAAUGCCCCACUUGAAGCACUCAGACAAGACGAACACCUUGCACCAGUGGACAGUGAAGACGCACCCGAUCCACGUGACGUGCUUAAAGUGGAAGAGCACGCUGUGGUACUAGCCUUAAGAGACACGUACAUGCCGGGAUUGGACAGCAGUGAUGCUGUCAUGUUCGCAACAUUGUUGGCAGACCUGUUCCCUAAUGUACAGGUGCCAAUGAUAUUUGAAAGUUACGGUUCACAAGGUAACAAGAUGCAGAUGAAUGAUCAAGUGAGCAAUUUGGACGAGAUUCCUGUGCUUUCCAAGGCUCCUGGUGAGCCCAGUGGUGAUAAUGUGGAAGUGCUGAGUGAUAUGCAGUCAGCUAUUAAAGUAGCCACAGGUAAACUUGGAUUGCAGCCAGGUGCCGCCUUUCAAGCCAGAGUGGCUCAGCUGGCAGAACUUGUUAAAGCGCAUAAGCUGGUGUGUAUUACUGGUCCUAGUGGAUGUGGAAAGACCGAGUGCAUCAGGACCCUGGGCGCGGCUCACAGAGAGAUGGGACACCUGGUGAAGACAGACAUAGUGUGUACAGAGGCAGUGGAGUCUGAGGAACUGCUGGGAUAUGUAGACCCUGAUACCAGGGAGUGGCGUGACGGAGUGUUGACUGUGUUGUUACGACGACAAGCUCGGCAACUUCGUGUUCAGGAGACAGAAAGCAAGGUCACUGGAAAACCUUUGAUGAAAUGGCUUCACUUGGAUGGCACGAUUGAUCCAAUGCAAAUGGAACUUUUCGGCUCUAUUGUGCAGAACACAGGAACUGUGGUUCUCGGCAACAAUGAAAGAAUCAAAAUUCCAGAUGCCCUGCUUAUCGUGUGGGAGUUGGAGAUACUGGAAAAUCUGAGUCCAGCAGUACUGUCCUCUGUGGGCAUGCUCUGUAUGAACACCUCAGAUGUCAACUGGCCUCUUCUCGUUGAUCGCUGGCUCGCCAAACGCCCCGAACGUGAAGUGGAUGUGUUGCGAGAACUGUGCGAUCGCUACAUUGGUCCAACAUUGGAGUAUUUAGCUUCAAAAACAUCAGUCCCACCUGUAUCGGGAGCACCGCCGACACAGAACAAACCUUCGCAGUUACGUCACGUGGUACCUGUGACCGAAAUGGGGAUGGUGAACACUCUGCUUACUUUAGUAGAGGCAAUCAUUUCCAACUACCAGGACUUGAUGCCACCAGAGUUUGAGAAUUACUUCUGUUAUUCUGCCAUGUGGGCCUUUGGUGGUACACUGGUAGCGGAACAUCGUCUGUGUUUCAGCCAGUGGUGGAGAGAGCAGUGGAAUGACUAUGUGAUGCUACCAGGGGAUGAAGAGGUGUGGAAUUACUAUGUGUUUCCUGAGACGCACGAGUUUCUAAGCUGGGCAGACUCAGUUCCUCCGUACUCCCAGACAGCGGCAGAAGGCAUUCCUAAUGAGGCAUAUGUUCACACCAUACAGAAUGAGCGCAUUUCUCACCUUGUUGGCUUGUUGAGCGAUGGCGGGAAACCGGUUUUACUGGUUGGUGAAGCUGGUUGUGGCAAGACAUCUAUCUUACGUCAUCGUCUUAAACAACAUGGCGGCGACAUUGGAGAGGUUCUAAGCUUGACAGUGUUCUGUAACAAGUUCACGACAUCCAGAAGCCUGUGGAAAGAAAUGUCAUCUUGCCUAGAAUGGAAACAUGCUAGAACGUUUGUUCCAAAAGGAAAUAAGAGGUUAACGUGUUUGGUGGAUGACCUUAACCUCAGCAGAGCGAACAGGUUUGGUGCCCAGACCGCUCAGCAGCUGGUGCGCCAGCACAUUGAUCAUGGCGGCGUGAUCGAUCCCGAAACCCAUCAGUGGCGGGAAAUACGUGACGUCACGUACCUGUCAGCAUACAAUCCACAAACUCCGCCCACCACCGCUCGACUGAAUAGCAGACUGUUACGUCACUUUGCUCUGUUUAGCGUCACGUUUCCAAGCCAAAGCGAACUGCACUAUAUCUACACUCAGCAACUGGAGAAACACUUUAUAAUCCAUGUAACCCAGUCCCAGCACACCACCAGUGACUCAUCCUCCCAGGAACCUACCGAGGGCCACUCUCAACACCAGGGGUCUGGAGACCACGACAAAGCCAUGCGAGACAUUCUGUCAGCAAUCAGUCACGUGACUGUAGAACUCCAGGGUCAUUUGAGAGGCAUGUUCCUGCCUACGUCACAGAGGUGUCACUAUAUGUUCACUAUGAGUGAUUUGACCAUGGUAUUCAGGAAUCUUUGCCUCACGCUUCGCCCGGGCUGUGCGCCGGAAGACCUUCUGUUGCUAUGGAAACAUGAAUGUGACUGGGUGUACGGCCGUCGUUUGAUUGACUCGGUUGACAGGGAGCGAUUCCAACAGGCGUUCCUAACUGCUGCUAAGAAACGCUUCACUGAGGAUGAAAAGCUGUCAGUAGUGACAGACCCCACCCCUUUCUUCACUAACCUGGUGGACUCUGAAGACACUGCUGGUGAGGUGAUGGGGGCCGGUUCAUCCGAGGGAACUGAAGAUGAUGUACAUCUGCUGUUUAGACACAUAACGGACAUGAGAAAGGUCCAAGCUGUGUUGGAACAUGGAGUCGAGGAAUACAACAAAGAUUUCCCAAGACUGAAGAUCACACUCUAUGAGGAUGUGAUGGAAACGAUCUGUCGUCUUGUGCGAGUACUUCAGUGCCCCCAUGAAUGCGGCCACGCCCUGCUAAUAUCCCAGGGGUCUCCUGGAAUGAGUACAAACUUGGCUCAGUUGGCAGCUCACCUGUGUGGUUACUCUGUGUUCAGGAUCAACUCUUCAGCUCUGUCUGCUUCUGAUAGAUACACACUGGAGAGCUUCAAAGGUGACUUGGUGUCGGCCUACACCAGAGCAGGUGUUAAGGGCGAACAUUUGAUGCUGUUACUACCGGAAUCAGACCUAACCGACGAGGAUUUUCUUGUUCAUGUAAGCGAGUUCCUGGUGUCCUCCUCUAUCUCGCACCUCUUCACCGAGGAAGAACAAACCUCAGUAAUUAACGCGGUCAGAACAGAAGUCACGCAGGCUGGACUCGCCUAUACACGAGAUGUGGCUUGGGAUUUCUUCCUCAAGACUGUGAGAGAAAACCUUCGUGUUGUUCUGACCGUGUCGUCACUGGGACCAAGGUUUCAGAAGCGCUGUCGUGAUUUUCCCUCCUUAAUGAACACUGUGUCCAUCAUCCUCUUACCCCACUGGUCUAAGGAAGCCUUGGUCACACAUGCGUACCAUCUCCUGAAAGAUGUAGAGAUUUUCUCGCCUGUGCAGACAGAAAAUCUUGCUCACUUGCUGGCCUCUAUGCACUUGGCAAUAAAACAGCAGGAUUCUGGCGAGGAACAGUGUGGAACAUACGGACACAUCACCAACACUGGCUUUGAAGUAUUUGUCGAAAGGUUCAUUUGCUUGGUGAAGAAACGCCACCAAGUUCUCCGGCGAGAACAUGAGCAGAUGGCAGCAGCGUUACAAACCAUCGAGCGAGGAACUCUGCUGGCCGAACAACUGAAGACUCAACUUGGUCACGAAAAGAUGGUACUCGAACAAAAGAAAGAGGGUAAUCUUCAGUUGCUUCUUCAGAUUGGACAGGACAAAGCGAUCGCUGAAGAGCAAGUCAGACUCGUUAAACGGCAGCAAGAGAGGAUACAGAAACUGAAAAAGGCUCUUCCAGAAUACCAGAUAGCUCACGAGCGAGCGGUGUUCAAGGCUGCUGCAGUUGUAACCGAAACAAAGAGAGUAUUAAAGAUCCUUGACGGACAAGGACUUGCGGAGUUACGAGCUCUGCAGAAACCAGAUAACGAAAUUGAAGAUCUGUUAGCCGCUAUCAUCAUUAUUGUCAAGUCUCCCUCGUCCGACCUGACAUGGAACAAAGGAGCCAAGCGUCUGAUGGCCAAUUUAGACAGGUUUCGCGAAGAACUGGGCGUCUUUGAUGAAAUGCAACUCACAGAGAGCACCUUGGAAGUCGUCGAGCCUUACCUUAAAAAACCGCACUUCAACGGCGAUUAUCUUGAGAAGAAAACCAACAAUCCUGCGGUGGGCUCCCUGUUACUGUGGGUCAGAGGAGUUGUCAGAUAUCAUCGCAUGAUGCAGUCAAAAGUCAAACCACUUCAUUCCAAAGUGUCUGAAACGUCCUCGGCAGUAGAGCUGGCUGUGGGUAAAUUGUCCUCUAUGGAGAGCAAACUUAAGGAUCUCGAGGAACGCCUGAGGUCUUUGGCUCAAGCUUACGAAGACGCGUCCAUCGACAAAUGUCGACAAUACGAGCUAACAGAGACUUUAGACUCGCAGUUGUCACAGGCGGCCUACUUUGAACAGGUGUUGUCAAGUGGUCGGCAAAAGUGGCUGCAACUCCUCGAAUCUAUCAGCACCCGCGAAGAAGCCGUCGCCGGUGGCGUCGCCAUGGCAGCUGCCUUUGCCACGUACUUAGGCCCCUACUCGUUCUCGUUUCGCCGUGAGAUGUUGACAGUGCACUGGCCCAAGUGUUUGGACGAGCGAGGCGUGAUGCUGGUGGUAGACAGCUCCGCUCCGUACGCAGGCGCAGAGGUGUUCAUGAUGGAGAAGGCACAGCAGGCGCCGACCAGCAGUGCCCAACCCGCUGUAAGCGAGCAGGAAGUACCUGGAGGACAGUUAGAUGAAAAUGUAAACGAAGACGAAAGCAGAGAACAGGAUGAGCCGAAUGCUGAGGAGACAGAUGAAAAAGAAACAGAAGGGGAACAAGAAAGGCCACACAGCGCAGAGUUAGAAAAACAAGACGUAGAACACAGCGAGAAAGAAGAACAACCGUCACCACAAAAACAAGAAGACGGAUCUGAUGAUUACAUGUUCUCAGUCGGCAAAGACCAGCUGCUAAGUCGCGCUAAACUGACGGAGUAUGAUUCUUUUGCUUUAGCCGUGCUCAAGCUUCUCUUGGGUGAAUAUCACGUGCGAAGGCUUCUCACUAAGGGAGUGGGUCCCAGGAAGAUAGAGAACGCCAUACUGGCCAAGUCGUCAUGGCAACGUGUCCCUCUGCUGGUGGACCCCUAUAAUAAGGGACUUGAGCUGAUUAGGACCGUAGAGGAUGGAGAGAACCUGCUGGAGAUUGAUCUAGCGGAAAGUGACCCAUCUUCCAUUCUGAAGAUUGAGAAGGCAGUAACAAGUGGCACAGCUCUGGUGUUAUACAAUAUCGAUCGUGACGUCGACUCGCUCUUUAUGCCUCUAAUUUAUCACGUCACCACAUCCACUUGUGAAGAGACUGAACAAGACUCCCAGCUGGUAAAGUUUGGUUCCCGCCGCGUCAUGUGUCACCCCGAGUUUCGCUUGUACCUCAUAUCCAGAUCCUCUCGGCCAGCCUUCAGCACUGAAGUAUCUUCAAUCACCACUCUGGUGAACCUACGACUUGACGAGGAAGCCUUGGCCGAGGAGAUCGAGAUCGAGGCUUUUCACCGCGUGCAGCCUGAGCUCUAUGUGGAGAGCCGUAAGAGUUUGAUGGUGAUGAUGGAGUUACUGAGGCUGCUGGAGAACAUCGACAGCAAGCUGAUAGGUCUGGUGACCGCUCGGCAGGGCACUGACAUCUGGGAGGAAACUGAAGUCAUUGCUGAACUUGUCAAGUGUAGGUCUGAGGUCGCUCACCGUCUGACCCACACACUAAACAACUUUAACAGACUGAAGAGUUUGCGCGAACUCUUCCAACCGCUGGCCAAGCGUGCGGUGAUGAUGUUUUCGCUGUUGAGUUCGCUGUCCAGAGUACAGCACGAGUAUCGCUUCUCCCUCGGUUACUUCCUAUCUCUGUUCCGGUCUGCGGUCGGGCGGGAUGUCGAGCCUUUCAAAGACAAACUGGAAUACGAAUCAGACAGUGAAGACACGGAGGGGAUCAAGAAGGAAUCUAGAACGACUGUUCAGAUUAAGGCGGUUGAUGUGGAAGGAGCGCCACCACCGGCUGUGGUUCAGGGUGAUGAAGGUCGAAAUCCUUCUCAUAAGAAGCUGCCAUCCAAGCGCAUGUCAGUUAUCCUUCCAGCUGAGGUCCAACUGCCAUCUCCCGGCGUGGAAUACACCCCUUAUAGCCCUGAGCAGACAGAUCAGCUCAUUGACUCGCUCAGCCAAUCAUUCUACCGUCACGUUAGCAGGAGUAUAGACCAGCACCAUCGAUUGUUAUUCUCUUCUCUUCUCACGCUCUACAAAGUAGAAAAACGUGCUGAAGACGGGCUGGUCCAGGAGGAAAUCUCACUUCUACUUUCUGGAAAGCUAUCUUCUCCAGUUCCUGCGCUUUCAGACUUCGAUCCCACGCUCCUUCAGCCAAGCUGGAUCGCGCAAGAGUCUUGGGAACUAAUCAUGGCCGUAUCCAGCCUCAAAGGUCCCUUGGACAGCGUCUGCACUCACAUCGCGUCCAAUCCUGGACCGUGGAGGGACUGGUAUGAGAGCGAACGCCCCGAAGCGCAACCGCUGCCCAUAGAAAGUGAAGACGCUGAAGAUUCACCAACCCUGACUGCACUUGACAGACUGUUGAUGAUUCGCUGUUUGCGUUCUGAUAGAUUUGAACGAGCCAUGCUUAUAUUUGUUGAAAAUGAAGUGGGUGAUCUAGUGGAAAAGUCUCUUCCGCGGUUCGAUGAACUCCUGUCUGGUAUUAAACAUUCGAUUCCUAUUUUUGUCGUGAUGCCAGACCACACGUCUAUGAACACGCCAUUCAAGAUUAGUCCUGUUGAGAGCAUUCGACGGAUAGCGGAGGCUCAUAAUGUGCAGUGCCAGCAGAUAUCCGUGGGACACGGGCAGGAAGAAAUCAUUGAUGUUGCCUUAGCAACCGCCGUGCGGACUGACACUUGGUUAGUGAUAGAAAACCUUCAACUGGCUUCCCGCCAUUGGCUUGAGCAACUUUAUAAUCGAUUGUCCAGACUUCAUUUGCAAGCGGAAACGUCCUCGACUCCAUCUCAAUGGCGCGUUUUCCUGCUUUGCGAGCCCGCGGAUCACUUGCCAGUAGGACUUCUGCUGUUCUCACAUCAGCUGGCCUGGGACGUGGUACAGAGAGAGGGACCUGAAUACCAACCCCUGAACUCUAAGGACCUGGACUUGAAAACCAUCAUUACGUCCACACUUGAGGCUGUUCCUCGGUUGUAUUGGGAACAAGCUCGUGAGCAGUCCCUCGCAGUCCGUUCCACCUUGUUUGGUUUAUGUGUCAAUCACAGUGUGUUGCUUAUGCGCCAUCAGCUCGGUACGCGAGCGUCCAGCGGUCGCUACCCUUUGUCUACACGUGACUUACUGACGUCAUUUGAAAUGGUGAUCAAAUGGGCCUCAAAGCAAGAGGGCUUAGGGGCGUCACAGUUAAAGGCACUUUCUGAUGUUAUCGCUGAGGGUGUGUAUGGUGGAAAAGUAUCUGACCCAUGGGACCGGCGCUAUGUUGCAAUCCUGACACAUCAAGUGAUUAAAGAGACCGCUCUUCAACAGCACUCAUCGCUCGCCCUAGGUUCCAUCAGCCUGCCUGUACCACCGGCCAAUGUAGACCCAACCGAGUACAGCAAAUGGUUCAACGAGAAGACUGGGACAGAGGACGCGGUCAUGAGUACAGUUAAGGCUCUGGGUCUAGACAUUAGUGUCGAACGGGAAUACAAUGAGGCUCGUACCUCUGAAUUCAUUCAUAAACUCAACAAGCUGCACCGGGACAUCAAUCAUACCACUGCGCUUGCGCAAGAACCUUCAGCUGGAGCCGUGGUUAACAUGCCUCGCUUGCGUGCAUCAAUGGACCUAUGUCUUGAACGGCUGCCCACGCUGCUAAAAAUAGAAGGAGACGGAGCUAUGCCUGUCACUCAGCUUCUUCCACGCGUGUUGUCUCAGCUGCGAGCUUUGUCUGUUUAUUCAGAGUCCGGUAGCACUGUUGGUUCGGAUGAACGCUUGUCAGAGUCUAUGGGUUAUGUCUUACAGAAGGAAUGCCAGUGGUUUAAUUGUCUUCUUUAUCACAUCCGGCACUCUUUACAAAUUCUGGAGCAGUGCGUGCUGGGAGGCUCACCUGCAAUCCCAACAUCCCUCGUGCCCGUUGUUGAUGCGCUGCAGGAAGAAGUGGUCCCCAGUGAUUGGCUGCAUCCCGAUUGUCAGCCCUCCCCCCACAGUCUUGCAUCUUGGCUCAUAGACUUAAGUCGGCGCCACAAGCAACUCAGUGACUGGGUUCGGCGUGGUAUCGUUCCGAAUCCAAACUCCGAGCCCUUAGUAGGUCGUGGUCAGCUGACUUCCGUCUGGCUUGGUGGCCUGGCCAACCCCGGAGCGCUGAUGACGUCACUGAGGCACGAGAAGGCCGCCAUGGCUGGGUGUACGGUGGACGAGGUUGAACUUCGCUGUUCAUUGGCGAAGUCUUACUUAUCACGUGACGAAAGUAGCGACGAUUUGGAGCAAGGCCUGGUGGUGAGUGGGCUGUUCAUUGAAGGUGCGUCACUGGACCUUGAUCAAGAAUGCCUUGUGGAACCAAUGUAAGUAUUGUGUGUGUUAUAGAAAGCUUAAGUAAGACCUCUCAUAAGCA